ACACUUUCUCCAUCUCUUUUCUUCACUUCUUCACUUUCCUUUCUUAUUUUCUUUCGUUUCUCUUUUCACGCGCCUCCUUUCAAUUAAUAUUCUUUCCUUCCAUUUUCAAUCACUACACCAUCGAAAUUCGAAGUUUCUCUCUGAAAUCAAACACACAGAGAGAAACAUGGAUUGGGGAAACGUAACCGCCGAAGAUCUGAUCGAUGCUCUCCGCGAAGUUGAUUGGUCAUCGCCGCCACGUCCUCUCGCUGAAUUCUUCUCUCGAUUCACCGUUCCACGAUCUUCUUCCAAAUGGAACAGUCGUCUCAAAUGCAAUCUCUACUACUACAGGACGAACUACUUCCUUUUGAUUGUUUCUGUUCUCAUAUUGGGGUUUCUUCGGAGGCCGCUUGCUAUUGUGGCCGCGCUUCUAACGGCACUCAGCAUCGCUUUUCUUAAUGACAGCUUUGCGGGUACCUUUAGUGAGAAGGUGACAAGAACAGUUAGACAAUUUUCACCACAUUUAGCUGCCAAAAUGAGACCUCCGCUUACGCCUGUUAUUCGUGGACGUCCUUCAGCCAAGAGAGCAAUUUAUAUUUGUGGUCGGCCGCGUUGGGUGUUUGUCUUGGUCUUUUCUUCUGCAAGUUUCUUUCUUUGGUUUGUUUCGGCUGGUCUCCUGACUGUUUUAUGGGCGCUUGCUAUUGGUCUUCUUGCUACCAUCCUGCAUGCAAGCUUUAGAACACCUAACCUGAAAGCACGUCUAAACACCUUCCGUGAAGAAUUUCGUGCUGUAUGGCGCAAUUACAGCGAGCUGUAGGUCUCAUUAAAUUUGCUGGAUCAGAUGUAUGCUGUAUGCUGUGUCAGAAAAAAAAAAGGGUAUGCUGUAUGCUGCUUUUUAAUGGGAGCAAUUUCCUUUAACUGGAUUGGAACUUUCCAGGGAGGCUGCCAACCGUCCAACAGAUUGUAAAUUUUCAGAAUUGUGUUUUUGUAAAGCACACUGGUUUCAUUGUUUAUUAUAUCUUAGUGGAAAGCAUUGGACUAUUGAUACAUCAUGUAACAUAGGAAUUGCCAACAUACUAAAUCUUAGAAUUCUUAAUUGCUAUGUGAGAAAUUGGUAAAGCAAUUACUUUCAAUUA